AUGAAGAAGAUAUUCAACUUCACUGGAAAAGGAGAUCAAGACCCAUCAUUAGACCCAGAUUAUGCAGAUUUCUUAAGGACUCAAUGUAAAAACUCAACUGAUCGCAUAACCACUGUUGAGAUGGAUCCCGGAAGCUCGCUCUCAUUUGACAACCAUUACUUUAAGAUCUUAAAGGAUCGUAAGGGUCUUUUUGUAUCCGAUGCUGCUCUCCUCACCAAUGAUGAUGCUCGAAAAUUUGCCUUAAAACUUCUUAACCCGAAAAAAUUCUUUGAUGAGUUUGCUAAGUCUAUGGAGAAAAUGGGAGCUAUUGGUGUGCUUACAGGAAAUCAAGGCCAAAUUAGGAAGCACUGCAGUUUGGUUAACUAA